ACGUUUCCACAGCCGACUCUCAGUAUCUUUUGUAAUCAUUGGUAUUAAAAUUGAAAUAUGUAAACUGUUAACGGCUGUAAACGGAAAGAAAAAUAUUUUAAUUAGGCAAAAAUCAACUUGGCUGAAUUCCUCAAUUCGAUUCCAUUAAAAAUGCCGCGAACGAAACAUGCUCGGAAACCGAAGGUGGACCAAUUUACAGAAGAAAGUGAUUUAUUAAUCAGAGAUUUUGAGCGGAAAGCACAUUUACGAAUUUUAAAAAUGGAAGGAGAUGGACGAAUGGCGAUAAGAAGUCUUGAAACUUUUAUUGAUGGUAUUUUAGCUGGACUUCCAAGCGAGGUACUGCAGAUGACUCUUGGUGAAAUACUCGGCAAAAAGAUUGAGAAUGAAAAGGAGAAUUAUAAUGAAGUUUCAUCAUCCAUUGAAAAUGAUAUGAUGACAUCAGUAUCAAAAACUGUGAAACAAAAGAAGACUAGUAAGAGGAUUACAAGUACAACAGACGAUGGAUACAUGACUGAGGAAGUUCCGACAACAUGUCUGUCCAGGGCCAGGAAUGUCAAAAGGAACACCACUGCUAGAACAACACGAAGUAGCUCAAGAAACAGCAAACUAAAGUUCAUUGAUGCUAACCAAAGUACUGUAAAGAAGACAGCAAAGAAGGAAGAUAAUGAAGAAUUCAAGAAAUUUAAAACUCCAGCUGCUUCAAAACCUGGAGGGUAUGAGUUUAGUGUCGUAACUCCAAAAAUAAAACCUAAUACACCUUUAAAUGUAUUAAGGAGACCCAGACAAGGAGAAAUGGUACUCAGUAUGCAAGGCAGCCCCUUAUUAGUUUCUGCUAUUGUUGAAGAACAUACUGCCAAUGUUAAUGUACCUCUGCGUAAUGGAAAUGUUAUUUCUUUGUUACCUAAUGAUGGUCUACGUAUGUCAAACAUCCCUACAUUAGAUCCAGAAACCAUGAGGCAAUUAGAGACCUUAAAAGAUCACAUUAACAAAGUUAUCUCAUCGAAAUAAUUAAGAGGAUAAUGUUAGGAUAAAUUUCAUAGGAUGUAUUUAAAAUUGGACUGUUCUGUGUGAAUGAAUGAUUCCUUAUUAGUUAUCAUAUAUAACAAAUCUUAUGAAAUGUCAUAAAACGCUAAGAUAAUAUUUUUGUACAAUAUCAUUAAGGUCAAUAUAAUAGCGAUUUGUGUAUAAUUUUUAUAGAAACCACUUAAUAAUAUAAUUAGGUUUCUACAAUAUCCUUAAGAGUUAUAAUAAG